GUACUUGCAACGUAGAUGUACUAGGUAAUCGCAUCAGCCAUGUACUAGGUAAUCGCAUCAGCACCAUUAAAUGUCAAAACAAAUUGUAAUGAAGAAUUCGCCCUAAAAGUACCUUUUUAUUGAUUGCCGGCCAGAAAUCAAGAACUUUGUUAAUUACUAAUAAAUUAAAGCUGAAAAGUAAAUCUGUUGUUGAGCGAGCAUCAUGAUUACCGAUGUACAAUUGGCUAUAUUCUCCAAUGUUCUAGGAGUUUUCCUAUUCCUUCUGGUGGUUCUUUAUCACUAUAUCAAUGCAAAUUCUAGCAGCAAAUCCAUUUCCAAAAACAAAUGAGCUGGAAGCGCUCAGUGCUCUUGGGCCUUAUAACGUAAUGCAACCUAUUUACAACUCCUUUAAAAACAUGUUUUCUAUGUAUUCCAAUAUUUAAUAAAUAAUUCCAAUAAAACAA